AUGCCAAAGAAUAAAGGAAAGGGAGGUAAAAACAGAAGGAGAGGAAAGAAUGAUAACGAAGGAGAAAAAAGAGAAUUAUUAUACAAGGAGGAAGAUCAAGAAUAUGCUCAAGUUUUAAGAAUGUUGGGUAAUGGUAGAUUAGAGGCCCAUUGUUUUGAUGGUGUCAAAAGAUUGUGUCAUAUUAGGGGUAAAAUGAGAAAAAGGGUAUGGAUUAAUUCAGGUGAUAUUAU